AUGCUCAACGUUCCGACUUCGAUUAUGUGCCGAUUGGCAGCGAGAAACGCGAUUUCUCGCAAUUUCACCACUUCUGUCGUCUCCAAGGUACUUUUAGCCGAUUUUUUGAGUAAAAAACACACGUUUUUCAGUCGGCUGAGACGAAAACACCAAUCCAAAAAUUGGGAUGGGAAUAUUUGUUGAAACAACGCGCCAAGAAUCGUCCAAUCUCACCACAUCUUACCAUUUAUCAACCACAACUCACAUGGAUGGUAAGAAUUAUUGAAAAAAAUGAAGAAAUCAUGGGUUUUGUUGAGUUUUUAUGGUGGAAAAUGAGGUCUACGUGAAAUUUUGACCUGAAAAUGGGGAAAAUCUUAAAUUUCACGGUAAAAUGCAAAAUUUUUAUGAAAAUCAGAAAAGAGAUGUGAAAAUGUCCUUGAAAUAGCUCUAAAUUCAUCAUUUUUCACCAGAAACAUUGAUUUUCCAUCAAAUUUUCAAAAAGGUGACCCCUCUUGGUUCAGGGGGUCUCAAAAUCUAAAAAUUUAUCAUUUUCAGCUUGAAAUGGCUCAAAAUGUAUAGUUUUUUACCUAGUUUCCACCAGAAAUAUUAAUUUUCUAUCAAAAAUCACAAAUUUUUGAGAAGGUGACCCCCCUUGCUUCAGGGGGGGGUCCCAAAAUCUGAAAAUUCAUCAUUUUCAGCCAAAGAUGGCUCAAAAUUCAUCAUUUUUCACUAAAUUUGCACCAGAAACACUAAUUUUCCAUCGAAAAUUACAAAUUUUCUAAAAGGUGACCCCCCUUAGUUCAGGGGGUGCCAAAAUCUGAAAAUUCAUUAUUUUCAGCCAAAGAUGGCUCAAAAUUCAUCAUUUUUCACCUAGUUUUCUCCAGAAACACUAAUUUUCCAUCGAAAAUCACAAAUUUUCAAAAAGGUGACCCCCCUGGAUUCAGGGGGUCUCAAAAUCUGAAAAUUCAUUAUUUUCAGCUUGAAAUAGUUCAAAAUUCAUCAUUUUUAACCAAAUUUGCACCAGAAACAUUAAUUUUCCAUCAAAAAUCACGAAUUUUCAAAAAGGUGACCCCCCUUGAUUCAGGGGGGUGCCAAAAUCUGAAAAUUCAUCAUUUUCAGCCAAAGAUGGCUCAAAAUUCAUCAUUUUUCACCUAGUUUCCCCCAGGAAUGCUUAUUUUCCAUGGAAAAUCACUAAUUUUCAAAAAAGUGACGCCCUUGGUUCAGAGGAGUGCCGAAAUCUGAAAAUUCACUGUUUUCAGCCAAAGAUGGCUCAAAAUUCAUCAUUUUUCACCAAAUUUGCACCAGAAAAAUUAAUUUUCCAUAAAAAAUCACAAAUUUUCGAGAAGGUGACCCCCCUUAGUUCAGGGGUCCCAAAAUCUGAAAAUUCACUGUUUUCAGCUAAAGAUGGCUCAAAAUUCAUCAUUUUCACCAGAAACAUUGAUUUUCCAUCAAAUUUUCAAAAAAGUGACCCCCCUUAGUUCAGGGGGGGGGGUUCCAAAAUCUGAAAAUUCACCUUUUUCAACCAAAAACAGCUCAAAAUGCAUCAUUUUUCACCAAAUCUGCACUAGAAACAUUGAUUUUUCAUCGAAAAUCAUCAAUUUUCAAAAAGGUGACCCCCCUUAAUUCAGGGGGGUGCCAAAAUCUGAAAAUUCACCAUUUCCAACCAAAAAUACCUCAAAAUUCAUCAUUUUUCACCAAAUUUUCACCAAAAAUCCCCCAAUUUUCCAGUUAUCCGGUUUCCAUCGUAUCAGUGGUUGUGUAAUGGGUGGAACCUUGUUAGUCGGUGGCCUCGGUUUCGCCGUUCUCCCAUUGGACUUCACCACUUUCGUCGAUUUCAUCCGCGGAUGGAACUUGCCGUGCGCCGUCACCGCCGUCUUCAAAUACAUCAUUGCUUUCCCGAUCAUUUUCCACACUUUGAACGGAAUUCGAUUCUUGGGUUUUGAUUUGGCGAAAGGUGUUGAUAAUAUUGGACAGGUAAGGGUUUUUGGGGCGGAAAUUUUGGAGAAAAUCCGGGUUUUCUGGAGGAAAAAUUGAAAAAAUUAAUGAAUUCCAGCUGAAAAUCGAUUUUUUAGUAAAAAAUCGGUCAAAAUUCUAGUAAAUUUAUGAUUUUUGAGCUGAAAAUCCUGAAAUUCAGGUUUCUGAGCUGAAAAUUCUGAAAUUUCAGCGCGGAAUUCAAUUAAAUUCAAUUUCAGGUCAAAAAUCUUGAAUUUUCUCGUUUGAAAGUCUGAAAAUCCCAAGUUUCAGCUCUAAAUUGGCCUAAAUUCAAUUUCAGGUCAAAAAUCUCGAAUUUUCUUGUUAGAAAGUCUGAAAAUCCCAAAUUUCAACCUGAAAGUUAGCCUGUAGUUAAUUUCAGGUCAAAAAUACCCUUCUAAGCCUUUUUAGGGUCAAAAAUCUCGAAUUUUUACACCAAAGUUAGCCUAAAUUUAAUUUCAGGUCAAAAAUACCCUUCUAAGCUUAUUUAGGAUCGAAAAUCUUAAAUUUUUACACCAAAAUCAACCAAAAUUUAAUUUAAUGUCAAAAAUCUCGAAUUUUCUCUUUAGAAAGUCUGAAAAUCCCAAAUUUAAGCUCUAAAUUGACCUAAAUUCAAUUUCAGGUCAAAAAUAUCUUAAUAAGCUUAUUUAGGGUCAAAAAUCCCAAAUUUCCACCUGAAAAAUAGCCUAAAUUCAAUUUCAGGUCAAAAAUACCUUUCUAAGCUUAUUUAGGGUCAAAAACCUUAAAUUUUCUCAUUAGAAAGUCUGAAAAUCCCAAAUUUCAGGUCUAAAUUGACCUAAAUUUUAUUUCAGGUUAAAAAUACCUUACUAAGCUUAUUUAGGGUCAAAAAUCUUAAAUUUUUACACCAAAGUUAGCCUAAAAUUAAUUUCAUGUCAAAAAUCUCGAAUUUUUCCGUUAGAAAGUCUGAAAAUCUCAAAUUUCAACCUGAAAAUUAGCUUAAAAUUAAUUUCAGGUCAAAAAUACCUUUCUAGACUUAUUUUGGGUCAAAAACCUUAAAUUUCCACCAAAAAUUCCGUUCUAGACUUAUUUUGAGUCAAAAAUCUCAAAUUUUUACACCAAAAAUCCUAAAAAUCCCAAAUUUUUACCCAAAAUUGAAUUUCAGGUCUACAAAAGUGGCUAUUUGGUAUUUGCUGUUUCAGCAAUCAUUGCUCUUGCCGUCGUCAUCAAUGCAUGCCAAAACAAAAGCCAAAAGAAGUAGACUAGACUCUAGUCUAGCCUAUUUUCUCUAGGCCACGCCCCCUUUUUUUUACCCGAAACCACGCCCCCUUUUUUUCUUUUUUUCUUCGUAAAUUCUGUAUUUUUGCCCGUUUACCGUAGUUUUUUGUAUCUAUAUUUUAUCGAUUGAAAGUAAAAUAAAAUUUUUUUAGGCCCGUGCAAUGACGAGAGACACAAUGUUGGAUUCAAUCGAUAUGGCAUCGUCAAGUGCGACAAAUAUGACGAGUUUUAGAAGGUUUGUGGAGGGUUUUUGAGGUGAAAUUGAGCUAAAAAUGAUAAAAAUCAUGAAAUUUUGACCGGAAAAUGUGGAAAAAUUGCUGGAAAUGAUGGAUUUUGAGGGUUUUGGGGGGUUUUUUUGCUGAAAAUUUCAGCCUGAAAUUAAUUCUAGGCUGAAAAUGAUCAGAAUUAGCCCAAAAUUCAUAAAUUUUGGACCAAAAACCCGGAAUUUCAACCUGAAAUUAAUUCUAGGCUGAAAAUAAUCAGAUUCAGCUCAAAAUUCUCAAAUUUUUGAGCAAAAAGCCGGAAUUUCAGCCUGAAAUCAAUUCUAGGCUGAAAAUUUGUCCUUAUUGGCUGAAAGUAGUCUGAAGCAGUUCAAAAUUCAUCGAAUUUCAACCUGAAAUUAAUUCCAGGCUGAAAAUGAUCAGAUUUAGCUUAAAAAUCUCAAAUUUUUGAGCAAAAACUCGGAAUUUCAGCCUGAAAUUAAUUCUAGACUGAAAAUGAUCAGAUUCAGCUCAAAAUUCACAAAUUUUUGACCAAAAACCCGGAUUUUCAACCUGAAAUUAAUUUUAGGCUGAAAAUUGAUCAAAAUCAGCCUAAAAUUCUCAAAUUUUUGACCAGAGGCCCGGAAUUUCAGCCUGAAAUUAAUUCUAGGCUGAAAAUGAUCAGAUUUAGCUCAAAAAUGUCAAAUUUUGGACCAAAAACCCGAAAUUUCAGCCUGAAAUUAAUUCUAGACUGAAAAAGAUCAGAUUCAGCUCAAAUAUCUCAAAUUUUGGAACAAAAACCCGGAAUUUCAGCCUGAAAUUAAUUCUAGGCUGAAAAUAAUCAGAUUUAGCUUAAAAUUCUCAAAUUUUUGACCAAAAACUCGAAAUUUCAACCUGAAAUCAAUUCUGGUCUGAAAAUAAUCAGAUUCAGCUCAAAAAUGUCAAAUUUCAACCUGAAACUAAUUCUAGGCUUAAAAUUUCCAGCCUGAAAUCAUUUUCAGCCCAAAAAAACCUAAAAUAAAUUCUAGGCGAACAAUGGCAACCGGAGAAAUGCGCGAAUUAUUGACAAAAAAUGGCGGAUGUGAUCCAAUUGAAGUGAUGUUGAUGAAAUCAGACAACAAAAAUGCCCACAAAAAUUUGCACAUUUCCCCGUCUUCUUCUUCUCAUGGAGUUAGCCUAAAUCCAGAAAAAACGCGAAGAAUGUCGAUUGGCGGAGGAAUGGAGAAGAAUUUGGAAAAUGAGGAAGUUAAUGAUUGGGAAGAGCCGAGAUUGGAUAUUGAGGGAUUUAUUGUGAGUGGUUUUGGGGAUGGAAAUUGUGAAAAAUGAGCAUUUUUUGACCCAAAAUAUGCGAAAUUUAAAGAAAAAUGAGGUCCUGAGCUUGAAAAUCAUGAAAAAUGCAAUUUUUGACCUCAAAAUAGGCGAAUUUUGAAGAAAAUUGAGCUCUGGAGCUUGAAAAUCAUUUAAAAAAUCAAUUUUUGACACAAAACAGCUGAAUUUUGAAGAAAAAUGAGCUCUGGAGCUUGAAAAUCAUGAAAAAUUGAUUUUUAACCUCAAAAUGAUGGAAUUUCAGAAUUUUUGACCCAAAUUAGCCUAAUUUUGAAGAAAAAUGAGCUCCUGAGCUUGAAAAUCAUGAAAAAAGUGAUUUUUUGCGGAAUUUUGAGAAAAAAUGAGCUCCUGAGCUUGAAAAUCAUGAAAAAAAUUGAUUUUUGACUCAAAAUAGGCGAAUUUUGAAGAAAAAUGAGCUCUGGAGCUUGAAAAUCAUGAAAAAAUUGAUUUUUGAUCCAAAUUAGCCUAAAUUUGAAGAAAAAUGCUGAAAUUGCUGAAAUUAUAAGGUUUUCGACCCAAAAAGUGAAAAUUUGAGAAAAAAUGAGCUCCUGAGCUUGAAAAUCAAGAAAAAAUUGAUUUUUUGACCCGAAAUAGGCGAACUUUGAAGAAAAAUGAGCUCUGGGGCUUGAAAAUCAUUAAAAAAAAUGAUUUUUGACCCAAAAUAUCCAAAUUUUGAAGAAAAUUGAGCUCUGGAGCUUGAAAAUCUUGAAAAAAUUGAUUUUUGACUUCAAAAUGAUGGAAUUUUAGGAUUUUUGAACCAAAAAGUGAAAAUUUGAGAAAAAUGAGCUCCUGAGCUUGAAAAUCAAGAAAAAAUUGAUUUUUUGACCCGAAAUAGGCGAACUUUGAAGAAAAAUGAGCUCUGGGGCUUGAAAAUCAUUAAAAAAAAUGAUUUUUGACCCAAAAUAUCCAAAUUUUGAAGAAAAUUGAGCUCUGGAGCUUGAAAAUCUUGAAAAAAUUGAUUUUUGACUUCAAAAUGAUGGAAUUUUAGGAUUUUUGAACCAAAAAGUGAAAAUUUGAGAAAAAUGAGCUCCUGAGCUUGAAAACAAUCAAUUUUCUACAGGAAAUUAGCCUGAAAUUAAUUUCGGUGCUGAAAAUCAUGAAAAAAUUGAUUUUUGACCUAACAAUUAUGAAAAAUGAGCAUUUUUUGACCCAAAUUAGCCUAAUUUUGAAGAAAAAUGAGCCCUGGAGCUUGAAAAUCGUGAAAAAUUGAUUUUUAACCUCAAAAUGAUGGAAUUUUGGGAUUUUUGAAUCAAAAAGUGAAAAUUUGAGAAAAAAUGAGCCCUGGAGCUUGAAAAUCAUGAAAAAUUGAUUUUUGAACCAAAAAUAACCAAAUUUUGAAGAGAAAAUGAGCUCUGGAGCUUGAAAAUCAUGAAAAAUUGAUUUUUUUGACUCAAAAUCGGCGAAUUUUGAAGAAAAUUGAGCUUUUCAGCUUGAAAAUCGUGAAAAAAUGAUUUUUGACUUGAAAAUGAUGAAAUUUUAGAAUUUUUGAACCAAAUUAGCCUAAUUUUGAAGAAAAAUGAACUCCUGAGCUUGAAAAUCAUGAAAAAAUUGAUUUUUGACCUCAAAAUGAUGGAAUUUUAGGAUUUUUGAAUCAAAAAGUGAAAAUUUGAGAAACAAAAGAGCUCUGAGCUGAAAACAAUCAAUUUUCUACAGGAAAUUAGCCUGAAAUUAAUUCUGGUGCUGAAAAUCAUGAAAAAAUACAAUUUUUGACCCAAAUUAGCCUAAAUUUGAAGAAAAAUGCUGAAAUUGCUGAAAUUAUAAGGUUUUCGACCCAAAAAGUGAAAAUUUGAGAAAAAUUGAGCUCUUGAGCUUGAAAAUCAUGAAAAAAUUGAUUUUUGACUUGAAAAUCAUGAAAAACUGGAGAAAAUGAGCAUUUUUGACCCAAAAUAUGCGAAAUUUGAAGAAAAAUGAGGUCUGGAGGUUGAAAAUCAUGAAAAAAUUGAUUUUUGACAUAAAAAUCAUGAAAAAUACAAUUUUUGAUCCAAAAAUAUUCAAAUUUUGAAGAAAAAUGAGAUCUUGAGCUUGAAAAAUACAAUUUUUGACCCAAAAUUGCCGAAAAAAAUUUGAAUUUUCGAAUUUUCCCUCCCAAUUUUCCUGUCGUCAUCCCGGAGCAUCGUUGUUUUUUUUCUGCAAAAAAAAUAUUUUUGAACAAUUAAAAACCCCGAAAUUUCUCUGCAGGUCGACUACUUCCAACACAAAAUCCACGAACGCGGUUGCGAAUGGUACGAUGCUCCGCAAUUACCCUACGGAACACAACCCGAACACGAAAUGAUGCGAUCAAUGGCGGCGAUUUUCGAAUCGAAACAUCAACAAGACUUCGAGACAUUCUCGGAACAAUUGUUGGCGUCGACAAAAAUGACAUUUUCGAUUUAUCAAGAAGUUGUGCAACAAGUCGGAUUUGCGGCAACACAAAGUGAUGCGUGUCCAAUGAAUUAUGGAAGAUUGGUACGAGGGUUUUGGGGGGUGAAAAUGAGCCAAAAAUUGGGAAUUUUGAGCCUAGAAUCGAUUUUCUAGUCAUUUUCAGCAAAAAUUGGGUUUUGGAAGCUUCCGGAGGGAAAAUGAGCCAAAAAUUGUGAAUUUUGAGCCUAGACUUGGUCUAGAAUCGAUUUUCUAGUUAUUUUCAGACAAAAUUUGAGUUUUGGGAGGUUCCUGGGGUGAAAAUGAGCCAAAAUUCAUGAAUUUUGAGCCGGAAUUAGCCUAACUUCAUCAUUUUUGACCUAGAAGCCUAAUUUUUGCUCAAAAAUGCUCAAUUUUCAAUUUCAGAUUGGACUUGUCGCAUUCAGCGGAAUGGUGGCCGCAAAAAUGAUGGAGAAUUUCGAGCUUCGAGAUCAGGUUCGAAAUUUGGCAGUCUACACGUCGCUCUUCAUCAAAUCACGAAUCCGAGCAUCUUGGAAAGAGCACAAUAAGACUUGGGUGAGACAUUUUCGGGAAAAUUUGGGAAAAAAUUGUGAAAAUUGACCUAAAUUUGAUGAAAAUCGAUGAAAUUUGACCUAAAAAUGCUCAAAAAUUGAAAAUUUUUGAUAAUUUUUAACCUGAAAUUCAAGUUUUCUAUCAAAAAUCGCUGAAAUUUGCCAUGAAAUCCAUGUUUCACUGAAAAUUAUGAAUUUCAGCUCAAAAUUCACCAGAAAUCGCUGAAAUUUGACCAAAAAUGUCCAAAUCUCGAAUUUCAGGUCAAAUUUCAUAAAAAAACAAGAAAUUCUCCAAAUUUUUACCUCAAAUUCAAGUUUUCUAUCAGAAAUCGCUGAAAUUUGACCUAAAAAUGCUCAAAAAUUGAGAAUUUUUGAUAAUUUUAAACCUGAAAUUCAAUUUUUCCAUAAAAAAAUCGCUAAAAAUAAUAAAUUUCACUGAAAAUUAUGAAUUUCAGCUCAAAAUUCACCAGAAAUCGCUGAAAUUUGACCAAAAAUCAGCAAAUCUCGAAUUUCAGGUCAAAUUUCAUAAAAAAACAAGAAAUUCACCAAAUUUUUACCUCAAAUUCAAGUUUUCUAUCAGAAAUCGCUGAAAUUUGACCAAAAACCUCUAAAUCUUGAAUUUCAGGUCAAAUUUCAUCAGAUUUUCUGUCAAUUUCUCAUAUUCUCGAUUUUUAUGACACUUUACCAUCAUAAGUAUACUUAGUUAUGCUAACUAACCAAAAAAAGGCUAUAUUUAUUUAUUUUUUAUGGAUAUUAUUAUUAUAAUCCGUUAAUUAGGGGGUGUAAAGUGUCUUUUUGUUUGUUUUGUUAUUCUUUUUUUUUUUUUUUGGAAAAAUGGGAUAAUGGGUGCGAAAAUUAGCACCAAAAAUUGGGGGGGGUUUUGGUGCGAAAAUUUGAGAUUUUUAGCCCAAAAUUAGGUUACAUCCAAAUUUUCAGCUCCUAGAAAAGUUUUGAGAAUUUUUAGCUUUUUUCUAGAACUGAAAUUUAGGAUUUUCAGCCAGAAAUCGAGUUUUCUGGCUCUAAAUAAGGCUUUUAGGCUAUUUUUGGUGAAUUGUGGGAUUUUAAGCCAAAAUUUGAGAUCUAGAAAAGUUUUGAGAAAUUUAGAGUAGCUUAAAAUUCGCAGAACUUCUCGAGAGCUGAAAAUUUCGGCAUAAAUUCACCAAAAAUAGCCUAAAAGCCCAAUUUUCGGCCUGAAAUCCCUCAGAUAGGCCUAAGUUCGAGUUCCAGCCUAAAUUUGACUGAAAAUUAUGAAAUUUUCGAUUUUUGCUGGAAAUCUGACUAGUUUUAGGGAUUUUUUACAAGUACUUUAAGCUGAAAAAUCUCGAAUUUCAGCUCAAAGUGCUCCAAAAUUCCAAAUUUAGGCUUGAAAUUCACGAAAAAUCUAAAAUUUUGCUCAAAAUAGACGAAACUAGGCUGGAAAAUGGCUUGAACCCGUAUUUUUUACCCUAAAUUAUCUAAAAACGGCCCAAACGGCCUUAAAAAGCCCUAAAAAAUGCGAAUUUUGCAGGCCGGUUUCAUGCAACUCGGUCAACAAAUGAAGCAAAAAUACAAAAUCGAAUCGGACGAAAUCGCCGCAAAUUUGGAGGUUUUCAAUCGAAGACGACGAAGAUUAUCGAUUUUUGGACUGAGCGCCGCCGCCGUCGUCGGAAUUGUUGUUGGUGGACGAUUCAUUUUUGGUGGCAAAGUUUGA